AGUUUUUCGGGAAUGUGAGAGUUUAGAAUUACUGCAGUAAAAAAAAUCCCCAUAACUCAAACGGCCAACACGGCAAUGUAGGGCAAAUAGGCAAACGGAAGGAGCCGAAACCCUAACAUCAUUAAAUGCCAUGAAAUCUCCCCUAGGCUUCUUCUCUUCUGUAAUCCCAGGCGAUGGGACAUUUUUCAAAGCAGAAAUAAUAUCCUCUUUUUCUUGGAAAAGCAGCAUUGAAAGUAUUAAAUGUUACCUGGAACAGCCGUAGCUAUGUCUGAGUUCAGAGCCAAGGCGAAGAGAUUUGGAUGUCUCUCCCCUCGAUAAAGUGUUUUGGAACUGGAAGAGCGAUCAAGGAGCUGUCGUGGGAAGCGAAAACUUGUGGAUUUUUUUCCCCCAAACAAAAUUUCUAAUGUCACAAUAAUUUAGGAGGGAGGGGAAAAAAAGAUCGCCCUUUGCUGGGGCUCUCAAACAACAAGCGAGCCAGCUGUGGAUCUGUCCAGGGUCCUGAAAACAUCACGUUGUUUUUACCUAUCCCAGGACGCUAAAAGAAUCCGGAGCUUGGAGAGAAGGAAGAAGAGAGCGAACAACAACAACACAGAAAUAUACCAAGUCUAUUGGAGAUUUCUAUCGACACCUGCAUCAAUAGCACUUUCUAGCGCCGUGUGAGCUUCGAAGAUGUACAGCCCAGCAGCUCUCCGCCUCUACCUGUGGGAGACAAUCGUAUUUUUCAGUUUGGCAGCGUCCAAAGAGGUGCAAGCCGCUAGAGCUGCCACUAAACCCCCAUCACCGUCGGACUUUCUGGACAAAUUGAUGGGCAGGACAUCGGGCUACGAUGCAAGGAUCAGGCCGAAUUUUAAAGGUCCUCCAGUUAAUGUCACAUGCAACAUAUUUAUCAACAGUUUUGGCUCAAUAGCAGAAACCACCAUGGAUUAUCGGCUAAAUAUUUUCCUCCGGCAGCAAUGGAAUGAUCCACGACUGGCCUACAGCGAGUUUCCUGAUGAUUCACUUGAUCUGGACCCCUCUAUGUUGGAUUCAAUUUGGAAACCAGAUUUGUUCUUUGCCAAUGAGAAAGGUGCUCAUUUUCACGAAAUUACUACAGACAACAAAUUACUGCGAAUUUUUAAAAAUGGUAACGUCCUCUACAGUAUCAGGUUAACACUGAGUCUUUCCUGUCCCAUGGAUUUGAAGAACUUCCCAAUGGAUGUGCAAACAUGUAUAAUGCAACUUGAAAGCUUUGGAUACACCAUGAAUGAUUUGAUAUUUCAGUGGGAUGAAAAAGCUGUACAGGUAGCUGAAGGAUUAACUUUACCACAGUUUAUUCUCCAAGAGGAAAAAGAUUUAAGAGACUGCACAAAGCACUAUAAUACAGGGAAAUUUACUUGUAUAGAGGCACGUUUCCACCUGGAAAGACAGAUGGGUUACUACUUAAUCCAGAUGUAUAUUCCAAGUCUCCUCAUUGUUAUCCUGUCCUGGGUCUCCUUCUGGAUCAAUAUGGAUGCAGCACCAGCACGUGUUGGUCUAGGAAUUACAACUGUGCUUACCAUGACCACUCAGAGCUCAGGAUCCCGAGCAUCACUACCAAAGGUAUCCUAUGUAAAAGCCAUUGACAUCUGGAUGGCUGUCUGCUUACUCUUUGUCUUCUCUGCACUAUUGGAAUAUGCAGCUGUUAACUUUGUGUCUCGUCAACAUAAAGAAUUGCUGAGGUUUCGCCGGCGAAGACGCCUGCACAAGGAGGAUGAGGUGGUGGAAGGCCGUUUCAGCUUCACUGCAUAUGGGAUGGGACCUGCUUGCCUGCAAGCUAAGGAUGGAGUUGCCAUUAAGGGCAAUAACAAUACAGCAAAGUCAUCUUCACCUCCAGCCAAAUCAUCAGAUGAGACUAGGAAACUUUUCAUCCACCGGGCAAAACGAAUUGACACGGUAUCACGAGUGGUUUUUCCCCUUGUCUUCUUGAUUUUUAAUAUUUUCUACUGGGUGAUCUACAAGAUUGUGAGGAGUGAGGAUAUCCACAAAGACUAGGUCUGGAGAGAAAAAGAUGCUCAACUGCCAGGAAGAAUAUUGACAUCUGGCGCAAAAGCAAUGCAGUAAGGCAUAAUUAUAAUGGAAAUGUGGCAAUAUAUAAAAGAGAAUUUCUAUAUACAGUCAAACUGAAGGGAGACAUCCUUAUAAACUGCAAUACAGAUGCAUUACACAGGAGACGAUACAGUCAAAAAAUCUUUCAUAUAAUUAAAUAUAUUAUAUAUGAGGUUCAUUAGACUUCUCGAUGUGAUCAUUUGAUCUGUAUAAAAUCUUGAGAAAAAUGGAAUGACUAUAUAACAAUAAACAUCAUGUGCUUGAUCUGAAUAUCUCAUUUAAGGUCACACCAAUUUUUUAUCAAGAUCUUUGAAACCUGUCUUGUUCCCUGUAGUGCUUUUGUUUAUCACAUAAUAACAUUCUUUAAGUAUUCAGUGGCCUAUUUUAAUAUCAUUACUGUAGCAUUUCUCCCAAGUUCCAUUUCAUACAGUGCAAACUAUACGCUUUCAUACAGCAGCAGAACAGCACUUGGUCACACCUAUUAUGUGUGACAUUAGUCUUACUUUCCAAUUUACCAAUUAAGUUCUAACAACAGGAACCAUAAUAAGUUGUUUCAAAUCUGUGCUUUUUAAAUUCAUAAAUGUAUUUCAUUUAGUGGAGAUAAGAAAUAACUUGCAUUGAUGUAGCACCUUUCAUGUCCUCAGGAUGUUCCAUUGCACUACACAGCCAAUUAAUUACUUUUGAAUUGUAGUUACUCUUGUUACAUAGACAAAUGCAUGUAUAAACAAUAGUGGGAAGUGCAAUAUUAUUUUAUCAAAGGAAUUUUGAACAAGAUGUUGCAAAGUCUAAUUACAAUUUGAACCUAAAAUAGUAAUGGUUGUCAUUAUUGGUCUAACAUUAGCAAUGGUGUGUAUAUACUGAUCUAAUAUCAAGAGUAGAUUCAUUAUUAUUGAAUCAUUUUCAUCUAGAUAAAUUACAGUUUAUCUGAUACCAAAGGUUAAUAUUCUUCAUAUCUCCAACAGUCAGAAUUGGUAUAUCAUAAUUGAUUUGAUGACAGGAUAUCAGAUUUGGACACAUUAUCCAGAUCAAUGAGAAAGGAUGUGAUGAUUCAUAGAUACUUUGUCAUUGGUCAGGAAAUUGUCUGUUUCAGCCAAUUUUAGCCUUUGACAAUCCCUGGCAGAGAUUUUGGUAAGAUCAUGUAAAUUAGGCUUUAGGAUCUAAAAACACUCAGCCUCCAGUAUAAAAUAGCUAUGACCUCAGACUCACCAAUCACAUGAAAUUCAUAUUCUGUGAUCUCGAUUGGAAUUUCGAAUUAGAAUUUUUAAGUUUACUCAAAUUCAUUGCAUUGAACAACAUAUUUUCAGACAAGGUCAAUUAUGAUGGUUAAAAUGAAAUUACAAAUAAUAGAAAAAAAAUGUAAUACUACAUAAGAUCCUUAAUUUUUGGUUCUUCUUCAGUAAAUGUACUAUUCCAGUGUGACAGAAGUUGUUCAAAUUUGUUGUGAGCCAUACAAUAAAGCAAUGCAUGAACAAAGUAAAAUGUAAUACCAGUGCAGCAAUGCCAUGAACAAGAGCUUGAAAAGCACAAAACUCCUGCAAAAUGACUCGUCUGGCAAAACAUCACUUUCAAUUACAUACAAAUGGUUAUAAUCAAAUCGAAUCAAAAGUGAAUUAGUUUUGACUUCAUGCCAAUGAUGAGCUGUGCCAAACUGUAUAGAACUAAAAACAAGGGAACUAUUAGAAGAAAUAAUUAAAGAUUGGUGUAACCUUAAUUAAUUGUUUUAAUUUAUUUCAGCUGAAACUCAUCAGCACGAAGUGAAGUAAUUUGCAUCAGGCAGAUUUGUUUCACUUAUAUACAGUAAUAAAUCCUGUACUUUACACAUAUGUAAUUUUGCAUGAAUAUGUGAUAAACAGAAUAUGAGAUAUUUUUUGGCUUGUAUAAAUGAAAUGGUAAUCUGCCCAUUGCUAAUUCUUUAAUUUUGAAGAGAAUGUAUAAUUUAGGCAAUCACUGUAUAUAAAGAUAUAUUUAUGAAU